AUGGCAGUCCUCUCCUUGCCAUCAUCCUCAGCAUUAUCGUUCCUCUUCCUGCUGCUACUGCUUCUGCUUCCAUGUAAUCAAGGCUUCAACAUCAAAGAAGCAACAGUAGCAUUCCAGCAGAAGAAGCUCAGCUCCAGGCAACUCGUCCUCUUCUACCUCGAUCAGAUUCAGAUCCUUAACCCCAUCCUCCGUGUUGUCAUUGAGAUAAACCCAGAUGCGCUCCACCAGGCUGACGUGGCAGAUCUGGAAAGGAGGGAGGGGAAGUGCUCCAAGGGCCUGCUGCACGGCAUUCCCAUCCUACUCAAGGACAACAUUGCCACAGCCAAUCGACUCAACACCACCGCAGGUUCACUGGCCUUGCUCGGCUCGGUCGUUCCUCGAGACGCGGGCGUGGUGAAGAGGCUGAGGAAGGCUGGUGCUGUCAUCCUGGGGAAGGCCAGCCUCAGUGAGUGGUCUGGUUUUCGUUCUGAAUUUGCACCCCCUGGAUGGAAUGCCAGAAGUGGUAAAGGAAAUGUGAGUUUCCUCCUCUUGUCUUUCUUCUUGACUCCGAACUAA